AUGCGAUACAUUCUACACGGAUCGGGGACUGUGAUGGUUGUUGAGGCAAGACAUCACCAUCGCCGUCGUGGGCUCGCCAACGGAGAGCAGACAAACGUCACCCGCGAAAUCUGCCACUUUGACAAACGCCAACACAUGUGGUCAUCCCUCGCUUCGUCAUCCAGCCCUUCGCAAGCCGUCUUGGUGGCACCCGUCGCAAGUGCUGAAUUGGCAUCUUUAGCACUUGCGAUGGGUGCUAGCAAGAUGUCUUGCGCCACCGCGUUGGCCCACCAGAGCCGCCAUGGCAUUGCGACCGACCCAACCGAGUGCGCAGCAUAA